AGCCCAGGUGAGUGGCGCGCAGGUGGUGGCAGCCAGCCCUUCCCUUGCUACCGUACCUCUCAGCUCCCGCCGCGGCCUCCCCCGUCCUCGUCUUCCCCCCCAGGUGGAAUGGCUGUCCUCCCGACACCCCUGGAACUCCACCCGCCCUGUUACCUGGCGAAGGCUUCUCCUCCGAGAAAGGCAUUCAGCCCCCAAGCACAGUUGCUUGAUGGGUGGCAUUAUGGCCCCCAAAGACAUAAUGACAAAUACUCACGCUAAAUCCAUCCUCAACUCAAUGAACUCCCUCAGGAAGAGCAAUACCCUGUGUGAUGUGACUUUGAGAGUGGAGCAGAAAGACUUCCCUGCCCAUCGGAUUGUGCUGGCUGCCUGCAGUGAUUACUUCUGUGCCAUGUUCACUAGUGAGCUUUCAGAGAAGGGGAAACCUUAUGUUGAUAUCCAAGGUUUAACUGGCUCUACCAUGGAAAUCCUGUUGGACUUUGUAUACACAGAAACUGUACAUGUGACGGUAGAAAAUGUACAAGAACUGCUGCCUGCAGCCUGUCUGCUUCAGCUGAAAGGUGUGAAGCAAGCCUGUUGUGAGUUCUUAGAAAGUCAGCUGGACCCUUCUAAUUGCCUGGGUAUCAGGGAUUUUGCUGAAACUCACAAUUGUGUUGACCUGAUGCAAGCAGCUGAAGUUUUCAGCCAGAAGCAUUUUCCUGAAGUGAUGCAGCAUGAAGAGUUCAUUCUCCUAAGUCAAGGGGAGGUGGGGAAGCUAAGCAAGUGUGAUGAAAUUCAGGUGGAUUCUGAAGAGCCUGUCUUUGAGGCUGUCAUCAACUGGGUGAAACAUGCGAAGAAGGAGCAAGAGGAGUCCUUGCCUGACCUGCUGCAGUAUGUGCGCAUGCCCCUGCUGACCCCAGACGUAAUAGAUGCUGAGCCUUUCGUCCGCUGCAGUUUACAGUGCAGGGACCUAGUGGAUGAAGCAAAGACGUUUCAUCUGAGGCCUGAGCUUCGAAGUCAGAUGCAGGGACCAAGGACAAGGGCUCGUCUAGGAGCCAAUGAAGUGCUUCUGGUGGUUGGGGGCUUCGGAAGUCAGCAAUCUCCUAUUGAUGUAGUAGAGAAAUAUGAUCCCAAGACUCAGGAGUGGAGCUUUUUGCCAAGCAUCACUCGCAAGAGACGCUAUGUGGCCUCAGUGUCACUACACGACCAGAUCUACGUGAUUGGUGGUUAUGAUGGCCGUUCCUGCCUCAGUUCAGUGGAAUGUCUAGACUACACUGCAGAUGAGGAUGGGGUGUGGUAUUCUGUGGCCCCUAUGAAUGUCCAACGAGGCCUUGCUGGAGCUACCACACUGGGAGAUAUGAUCUAUGUCUCUGGAGGCUUUGAUGGAAGCAGGCGUCACACCAGUAUGGAGCGAUACGACCCAAACAUUGACCAGUGGAGCAUGCUUGGAGACAUGCAGACAGCUCGUGAGGGUGCAGGACUAGAAGUGGCCAGUGGAGUGAUCUACUGUCUAGGAGGAUAUGAUGGGUUGAAUAUCUUAAAUUCAGUUGAGAAAUAUGAUCCCCAUACAGGACACUGGACUAAUGUUACACCUAUGGCCACCAAGCAUUCUGGUGCUGGAGUAGCCCUACUGAACGACCAUAUUUAUGUGGUAGGAGGGUUUGAUGGGACCGCUCACCUGUCCUCUGUCGAAGCAUACAAUAUCCGUACUGAUUCUUGGACAACUGUCACUAGUAUGACCACUUCACGCUGCUAUGUAGGGGCCACAGUGCUUCGGGGGAGGCUCUACGCAAUUGCAGGAUAUGAUGGGAACUCCCUGCUGAGUAGCAUCGAGUGCUAUGACCCUAUCAUUGACAGCUGGGAAGUGGUGACAUCCAUGGGGACCCAGCGCUGUGAUGCUGGUGUGUGUGUUCUCCGAGAAAAGUGACCAUUGUUAGAGCACCAUCUGGAGCUAGUGACCGGUCCAAGGAACACUUUGUGGGAGAAUCAAGGAUCC